UUGUAUGCUAGUGCCUCAACUGGGGCUGAAUGGGGGAGCUCAUUCAGUGGCGGUGCCCGCAUCCGCUCUCUGGUCAGGUUGCUCCAGUAGAGAGUGAUGUCCCUCACAUGAGCCGACUACCAUGGCGGUAUUGGCCGAAGAUGGCGGGAAAGUGUCUGAUGGCGGGAAAGUGUCUGUGUCUGAUGGCCGGAAAGUGUCUGAUGGCCGGAAAGUGUCUGAUGGCGGGAAAGUGUCUGAUGACGGGAAAGUGUCUGAUGGCGGGAAAGUAUCUCAAUCUCUGGUGCAUGAAAGGGAUCGGGACGGAGAACAGGAGAGCCAGCGCGUCGUCGACGAAGCAGGCGCAGGCGGCGGCGGAGCCAGCGGAAAGCCCGCGCGUCGCUGCGCAUUCUGGAUGAGACAAAAAAAUCGCUUGUGCGCUAACAACCCCAAGCCGGGGGAGAGGUAUUGCGGCAAUCACCUGCCGAGCAACACCAGCCGUCGGAUUCCUUGCCCACUAGAUCCAUCUCAUUCCAUCCGACCUGAUGAGCUAGCAGCUCAUCGGACCAAAUGUCCAGCUGUCAGGCAACAACUGCGCGCCGAGCAGCAGCCGUGUUUCCGCAAGGGCAUCAACAGUGGCAGCGGGUCCGGCGACGAAGAGCAAGAGGAAGAGGGGGACAAAGAUGAGCGGGGAGAGGAGGAGAAGGAGGAGGAGGAGGGGGAGGAGGAGAAAGAUGGGAGAGAGGAGAAGAUCGGAGGGGUGUCAAUAGGUGCCAGUUCAGGCAAUGUCGAGAACACGGGCCAUAGCGAUGACAACCCCCUUCUUCUCCUUCUUCCUCCUCCUCCUCCUCCCAAAGAUCCUUCCCCUUCUCGUCCUCCUCCUCCUCCUCCCAAAGAUCCUUCCACUCCUCCUCACAAAGAUCCUUUCCCUCCUCCUCCUCAAGAUCCUUUCCCUCCUCCUCCUCCUCCUCCUCCUCCUCCACUUCCUCCUUUUUCUGCUUCUGCUGCUUGUGAUGCUCUUGCUGAGGCUGCUGGAGGAAUAAAAACAGUGAACAAACGGAGGACCGUUAGCAAAGCGAUUCCUUCACCGUUUGAUUCCGUUAGCGUUCGAAGUCUGAGUCGUAGAGAAUUAGAGGCGUUGAUCAGAAAGCUGGCAAGAGCGUUCAGCAACCAACGGCUGAAAUCGAAUCUCCGGAAAUCCAUCGUUCGACCGCAGAGCUGCCAGAAGUGGUUGGGAGAGGAAAGAGACAAAACUAUACCUUUUCAGGAAAGGCACGCCAUACAGCAGGCGUCUAUUCUAGGAAACUUGGAGCUUGCAGGCCUCCUUCUUAGGCCCAACCAAACGACGACGACAGUGGGAGAUCCGCCCAAGUCCAGAGAGAAGAAGGAAGAGGGAGAGAAUGGAGAAGAAGAGGGAGAGAAGAAGGAAGAGGGAGAGAAGAAGGAAGAGGGAGAGAAUGGAGAAGAAGGGCUGAGAAUGGAGGCCCUGGGGAAGAAGAUGGAAUCAUGUUCCACGUCCAGCCAAGGAGGUGGUGAGGAAGACGAAGGAGGAGGAGGAGGAGGAGGAGGAGGAGGAGGAAGGACGAGCAGAGGAGGAGAGGUAGGAUUACCAGAGGCAGCAGGAGCAUCAAGAGGAGGCAGUGGAGGUGGAAGAGGACGAGGUGGAGGGAGAGGAGGAGGAGGAGGAGGAGGAGGAGGAAGGAGAUCAGGACCUGUCUCCAAUGGAUGUCGGCGAGGAAAUCAGCACGACGAAGAGACAAGGACAGGACCGGUACUCGUAAGCAGAAGUGGGUCGGCCUCUGCCAUUAAGGCAGACGGAUCUCAUGGAGGACGGCACGAAGAAGGAGAGGAAGAACUGAAAAUGACAUCAUCAUCCUCAACAGGAGGAGAGGAGCGCUGCACAGUCGAGGUCCAGGGCGGAGGUAGCCUGCGAGAGAAUGGACGAGGACGGGAGGAAGGGCAAGGAGGUAGGCCGGGCUCUGCCAGUAAGGCAGACGAAUCUUAUGGAGGAGGGCACGAAGAAGGAGGAGGAGAACGAAAGGGGAGAUCACCAUCGCCGACAGGAGGAGGAGAGCGGUGCUGCAGAGUAGAGGUAGAAGGACGAGAUGAACUAGGAAAGAGUGGAGGGGGAAUGGGGGAAGUGAAAGAAGGACGGGAAGGAGAGACUACUAGGAGUAGUAAUAGGAGGAGGAGGAGGAGGAGGAGGAGGUGCUGGGGAGAGACGGGUGAACGUGCAAUGAAGAGAGUGUAUGUGGAGUUUGGAGGAGGACGGGGCUAUUUGUCUAACGUGCUAGCCGAUUGCUAUGGUGUCGAGGAGGUGCUAAUUAUAGACAAAGGAGGAUUCCGGUUCAAGGCCGACAGAUCGCUGAGGAAAGCAGAGGGGGUGGUCCGCGUCGAGCGUCUGAGGAUGGAUAUCGCUGACGUGGACAUCCGAUGUGUUCCGUUCUUGAUCGGUCGAAAAUUCGUUGGCGUCAGCAAGCAUUUAUGUGGCGGAGCUACCGAUCUCGCUCUGAGGUGCUGUCUCAGAGCAGCCUCUCCCGUCGUGCCCCCACGUGGCACUCUUGCCGCCGCCCGACCGCACGCAAGUUCUGUCGGGAUCGGCCGCCGCAACAAAGACAUCCACCGCCAGUCCCCUGUUGUCGUCAGCAGCAAAGCAAAUACCAGUACCGCACCUGCAGCAGCUUGGCAAUCAACGUCCCGAUCUCCGACUCGCUUGCAAAAGGAUAAGCAAGGGGAGGCGGAGGAGAGGGAAAAGGAGGGAGAGAACGAAAAGAAGCGGCAGCAGCAGCAGCAGCAGGAGGAGGAGGAGGAGGAGGACGACGGGGAGGGGGAUAAGAGGGAAGAGGAAGGAGGGAACGAGAUGCAGCACCAGCAGGAGGAGGAGGAGGAGGAGAGGGAAGAGGAGGGAGAGAAGGAAAACAAAAGGCAAGAGCAGCAGCAGGAGGAGGAGGAGGAGGAGGAGGAGGAGGAGGAGGAGGAAGAGGACGGGGAGGGGGUUAAGAGGGAAGAGGAGGGAGAGAACGAAAUGCAGGAGAUGCAGUACCAGGAGCAGGAGGAGGAAGAAAAAGAGGAGGAGGAGGAGGAGGAGGAGGAGGAAGAGAAUGAAGAACUGUUCGGCGAAGGUCGAGCUGUUGUCUGUGAGGGUCUAGCAAUUGCCACGUGUUGUCACCAUCUCUGUACCUGGUCCUCUUAUGUGAACAAGAAAUUUUUGAGAGGUUUUGGGUUCUCGCCAUUGGACUUUGCGGUGAUGGCUAGAAUGACCUCUUGGGCAGUCACGUCUGACCUGCUGCCACGUGGCACUCUUGGGAUGUCAGACCACGAAAGUUCAGCGAAAGAUGGAGAUCGGGUGGGGGGCCUAUCAGGGUGCGAAAAAUGGAUUUCCGGUAGCGAUGUGCGCGGCGGCGGCACUGCUCCUGGAACAAUCUUGGAACACCGCAGAGUCCCAGAAGUCCCAUCUCGGAGACCUCAUGAUACCGUAUGGGACCAGGACGUUCGGUCCAUUCCAGAAGAAGGGCUAGCUGCGUUGAUAAGCAAACUGGCAGCGAGCCUGCCUAACGUCACCAAGCCGUCAUUACAUAGAGACUACCCCUGCUUUUCCUCCUCUACCUCCGUCUCAUCGUCCUCCUCCUCCUCCUCUUGCUCCUCCUCCUGCUCCUCCUCCUGCUCCGCCUCCUCUUCUUCGUGCCUUGAACUCUCAUUAGCCGGAAUGCUUGAUCCCACUGCCAGGGAUGCCACAGCCAAAUCUGCGACCAAGUUCCAUGAACCGGAAUUCGGCCUCCCCGUUCAUGAACAAAGUGAGAAAGAAGAACGUGGAGGACAAGGAGCAGCAGCUGGAGGAGAGGGGGGGAAGGGAGGAGCAGCAGCAGCAGGAGGAGGAGGAGGAGGAGGAGGAGGAGGCAGACGUGCGAGAAAACCGAACCAGCAGCACAUCGUUUUCGGCGAUAGAGGAGAACGAGGAGGAGAAGAAGAAAGAGGAGAAGCAGGAGGAGGAAAAGAAAGAGGAGGAGGAGGAGGAGGAGGAGGAGGAGGAGGAGGAGGAGGAGAGGAAGAAAGAGGGAAAGGAGGAGGAGGAGGAGGAGAAAAAGGAGCAGGAGGAGGGGGAGGAGUAGGAGGAGAUGGAGAGAGAGGUGAAAGUGUAGGAGGUGGAGGACAAGAGGUAGAAAAACGGGAGCCGAGGAGACGCGAGGAUGGCUUGGCCAAGAUUCCCAUCGCUGGUGUUGACGUCUACGAAAUCGACGAGGAGGGAGGGAGGAGUUCCACUUGUGCUGUCAGCAGCAGUGCAAGAUUGGCAGCCACGUGGCAUAAUGGUAGCGGUGCCAGUCUAGAGGCUGAGCAGCAGAAUGGCGCCCGUCAUCACAGUCGUCGUUCUUACAAUCGUCUUCAACCUCCUGAUCAUCAUCAGGAAGAGAAGUACUCGGAUCUGCUAUCCCCGACGGACAAGAUGGUGUUAGGUCGUGCGUGCAAGAAGCUGCUCGAUGUCGGUCGAUCUGUGUGGUUGGAGGAACAAGGCAUGAGUACGGAUCUCCUCGUAUAUGUCCCGGACCACGUGUCUCCGGAAAAUCGUCUUUUAAUAGCCAGGUGGAAAUAGAGAUCCCGGACCACAUCCUUGAUGUCGGUCGAUCUAUCUCUUUGUUUGGAGGAACCACGCAUGAGUUCCAAUCU